AUGGCACUUAAGAUUGCACUCCGGAUUGAUAGGGAUUUGGAUUCUGUUAAACUUUUCUUGGAUCGGUGCAGCGGGUUCGGAGUCCGCGAGGUUGCGGGUUCCAAUGAGCAUUGGCAUUUUUUAGUGGAGACUGAUUCUUAUCGGAACAUUCAGAGCUUUAGGGUAGCAUUGACUCGGAAGAUUCCCACUCUGAAGGGAAAUGCUUGUUAUAGUGCUACGGUCGUUAGCGAUUUGGAGAAGUACGAGAGAUAUUUGGCGAAGGGUGAAAGCGAGGGAGCUGGUCCUGAGGUUGUUUGGCGGCAUUCUUUGAAGUAUACAGAUGAGAAAAUUGAAGAGCUUCAUAUUGGAUAUUGGACUGAGAAUAAGCGUCUUCGUAAGCGGAAAGCUGGUUCCGUUAUCGAUGCAGUCAUCGAUAUCGCGAAGGACGAGAACGUUCAUUGGGAACGUCGGGAGAAGCUGGCCGAGCUGUAUUUGAAAGAGGUGGUGUCUCGGAAUCGUCCUGUGAACAUUUUCGCGGCAAGGAGUGCCGUGAAUACGAUCCAGAUCCAACUUUGUCCGGAUGACACUGCUAUAAAACGGUUCUCUGAGAUGAUUUGA